AUUGGUAUCCUUCACCCCUAAACAGAGUUCUUCUCACUCUUAAAUCUCUUAAUCUCUCUGUCAUUUCUGACUUCUUAAUCUUUUCCUCUGAUUUCGUUUCCCCAUUGGGUUUUUGGAUCAAACCCAGACUUGGUUUUUGUUGUUCAACGGAGAAGAAAUCAGAGAUUGAUACACAAAAUGACAAAACAGAAAGUCAUGGUUGCAGAAGCAAAAUCCGGAAUGGAUAUGGCGAUGACGGUUGUGCCCAAGGCGUUGUUCGCGGCGGAGAUGAAGAAACCGCCGUUGAUGCCUGGAGGGUAUAUCACGAUAUCAAAGAAGAAGCUGCUACAGAACCUGGAAAUCAACGGUGGAACGAGGAUUAACGCGUGGGUGGAAUCUAUGAGAGCUUCGUCUCCGACGUCUCAUCGAAAAUCCGAUGUAUCUCUCUCGCAGGAAUUAACCUCAUGGAUGGAUCGACAUCCUUCUGCCUUGAACGUGUUCGACGAAAUUACUAACGCUUCCAAAGGAAAACAAAUAGUGAUGUUUCUCGAUUACGAUGGCACACUCUCCCCAAUCGUCGAUGACCCCGAUCAGGCUUACAUGUCGGAUGCGAUGCGAUCAACAGUCAGAAAACUCGCUGGAUGCUUCCCCACUGCCAUUGUUAGUGGAAGAUGCAGAGAUAAAGUGUAUGACUUUGUCAAAUUAGCAGAGCUUUACUACGCUGGAAGCCAUGGCAUGGACAUUAAAGGCCCUUCGAAAGGCUCCAAGCAUAAGAAAAAUCCCCCAAGUGUUCUCUGUCAACCCGCUAGUGAAUUUCUACCCAUGAUAGAUGAGGUUUAUGGUUUAUUAAUGGAGAAAACGAAAUCGACACCAGGGGCAAAAGUGGAAAACAAUAAAUUCUGUCUUUCUGUGCAUUUCCGAUGUGUUGAUGAAAAGAAAUGGAGCGAGCUUGCUGCGCAAGUGAGAUCAGUGUUGAAAGACUACCCAAAGCUUCGGUUAUCUCAAGGAAGGAAGGUGCUAGAGAUCCGUCCCACUAUUAAAUGGGACAAAGGCAAAGCCCUCGAGUUUUUGUUAGAGUCACUGGGUUAUGCCAACUGUACAGAUGUCUUUCCUAUUUACAUUGGAGACGAUCGAACGGACGAAGACGCAUUCAAGGUAUUGAGAGAAAGAGGACAAGGUUUUGGCAUUCUGGUGUCCAAAAUUCCAAAGGACACAAAUGCAUCUUAUUCUUUGCAGGAACCAUCCGAGGUGAUGGAUUUUUUACAACGGUUAGUUGAAUGGAAAAGGCAUCAACAGAGCCGAAGGUUUUGAAGGUGUGAUGGGUUGAAGAACUAAUGGAUAUAUAUAUAUAUAUAUAUAUAUAUAUAUAUAUAUAUAUAUAUAUAUAUAUUGUGUAUGUAUAUAAGUAAUGAUGAAUAGAAGUUAAGUAAAUGUAAAUCUUGUCCAAGCAUAAUGGAAGAAAGGACAAGACGGAUAAAAACGCAAUAGGGCAGCUUUUGGUUAAUAUGGGCUUUCUUGUUGAUGGGCAUUUGUACAUUUUGUAACACCCUAAAGCAAGAGGGUAUGGACGUGUUUGUAAUUUUGCAUGGGUAUCUAAUGAAAAUAGAAGUAGGUUUUUCUGUAUUA